AUGGACGCAUUUGUGUCUCUGGAAGAGAAUCAGGAGCAUGCUCCGAAAACGAUGGGCCUCGUGUCUGCCGUCACGCGUGCCUCAGAAGCUGCGGACAGGGUGCUUUCCACACAGGUAGUGGAACCGGACGAAAGCAAGGAAGAGGACGCGGAGGAGGACGACGACAGCGACGCCUAUGAGCUGCACCAGUCGAAAAGACUGGCGGAGCAGUUCGAUAUGGUCGACGAGGAGCCGCCAGCUGCUAACUCAGGCUCCAGUGCUUCCAGCAUGGACACGGGCUCCUACUUCCAAACUGCCGUGCAGCGAGUGCGACAACGGAUACAGCAGCGACAACAGCUGAAGGAGCAGCAAGACCUAAAACAGAGUGCACCGGCCGGUCCCAUCGAGGAGCUGGCUCAAACGCAGGCUCUAGCCAACGCGGACUUUGCUCCAACACAGGCUAUACUCACAGAACCGAGCCCCAAGUUCGAGACGAGAGCAACCGGCGCUGAAGAAGAUGACGAUGACGAUGACGAUGACGACAUCGUCAGACCAAAGCAAAAACAUAAGGUCCCCGCCCCUCUGUCUGAAGAUGACGAGCAAUCUGCUGACGAAGUAACACAUCCUUCUGCUGAACUUCCCUCUGAGCUUCCUCCUCAACCUGUUGCGGAAGCUGCAGCUCCAAAUUUCCUGGCCUCACUGUUUGUUGCCGAGAACCAGAGCGACGAAAACGAUGAUGCUGACGCGCCUUCAGAAGAUGAGCUUAGCUCAAAGAUUGCAAACUAUCACAACAUGUCCAAAGAACAACGUUUUCUUGCAAGAAAACUCGAGAGGUCCAAGCUGAGGGCUGCAGAGGCACUUUCACAGAACCCUAGGAAGGAAACUUAUCUUACAGGCGGUAAACAAACUCUUUUCAAGAGCGGGCAACGUAAAGGUCUGAUUGAGAAGAACAAGUCGGAUAUUUUGAAAAAGCAAGAACUGCUGCGGCAAAAUGAGCUUUUGAAAAGAUCGAUAGCCAAAGAUCCUGUUAUCGAGCCUACGAAAUUCUCGAAAAACAAAUUGCUGGAUACGUUGAAAGUCGGAUUUGACUCCGAAUCCGAUGAUGGCAACGAAGCGCAAAGUUCGAACAACAAUUCAGAGCAUGUGAAAACACCUCCAACCUCACCUCAAAAAGAGGAUAGAAAAACAUUUGUGGCGAAUAUCGUGAGAGCUAAAUCUUCAUCCACAGACAAGGUUGUAGACCUUGGCUCAGCUUCUGAUAGUGACCAUGCUGACGACAUAUACCACGAUGGUGAUGAUGGAAUCGAAGGUGACAUAUCAAUAAACAAAAAAACGAAGAUGUUGGAUGUUAAACUAUUUUUCUCAAAAAAGAAGAAGAAAAGGUUGGAGAAGAGGAAAAAGGAAACUUUGACAGAAAGAAUCCGAAAGUUCAACGCCAAACAGCUGAAGGGAAAAAUUUCAAAUCUUACGGAUGAUGCCUCUGGAAAGGAGGCUGACCUCACCGACGAAACAUUGGCGAAGAUGUUAUUGGACGAACAAAUGAAAAACUCAAAAUCUCGGGCCAAACAACUGAAAGAGGAAAAGCAGUCACAUAGACAGAAGCACUUACUCCGAAAGGGUGAAUUCCCAUCCCACGACGACGAUCCUGAAUUUAGUGACUAUUCGAGCAAUUAUGAAGUUUCAAGUGAUGAUUCUGCACACUAUGAUUCAGGCAUAGAUUCACCACCUAAGGAGACGAAAGAGGUUUCCACCGAAAUGAAUGAAAUCAACGACGAUGCAAUACCCUUGACCCAAAAUAUUCAGCAAAGUGGUGAGUUUCAACUGACGCAGACCGAUGCACUACAAAAAUUUAACUUAUCAUUUACACAGUUGUUCGAUAACUCUUCAGCAGAACAAACAGAUGACCGCUUGACAACCUUGGAAAAGUUUCAGAAGAUGAGAGAUGAAAACAACGGCAUUCCUCUUGAGCAAACCCAAGAAACAAAUGACUCCACUGCUGAACAUAGCAGAUUAUUGAAUGAAACCUCAUUCUUGACAAAACAACUGCAAAAGGAAGAAAUGGGGGAUAUUUUCUACAAUGAUGUUCAAACUGAUGUGAAGAGUGAAAUACAUCAUUCUGCACACUUGAAGGACAUCCUUGAUUCACAAAACUUGGUUCUUGAGACGCAGGUUGAUAGUCUGAGUAUGUCAACCCAACAAAUGGAUGCCCCAUUAGAUAAAAUUUCGACACAUGCGGUGUCAGUGUCAAUGUCGGCUCAGGUUAGUUCCACCCCACAGCCCGAAGAACCCUUGGUGGCACGGCAUGAUACUGAAAAUGACACAAAAUCUCAUAGCAGAGAAAGCAUUAAGGAUACUGUUGAUGAAGAGGACGAUGACGAUGAUGAUGAGAAAAUCAACAGAGGAAGGAAGUCCAAAGUGAAAAAUGAUAUGGAUAACAAUAGUGCAGCUAAAGAAGAGAUUGAAAACGAGAUUGAAAACGAGGAGGAGACUGAAGAAAUGAGACUAAAACGUGUUGAAAUGAUUAGGGUGGCGAAGAAAAAAGAACGUGAGCUCAGACGUCAACGAGAAAAAGAAUUCAAGUCCAAAGGUUUGGGUCAAAUGAUGGAAAAUGAAGCCGUCGAAUCCGAUGACGAAUAUCACGGCACAGGAGGUGUGGAUGGGGAUUUGUCUGAUGAGGAAAAUAGUGAGGAUGAAAAGCUAAUUGAUGAUGCAAAUAAUGUACAUAUAGACGAAAAUGAAUUGCGUCGUAUUCAACUUGAAAAAGAUUUAAAGGAAGACCAAGAAAAAGUUAGCAAGACGUAUAAAGAUGUCAAAACCCAUAAACUGGCAGAGAGGCGUGCUAAGGAUGGUGUGUAUGCAGUUGAUUUAUCCGAUGAUGAUGAUGCAGAUGAGAAUGAUCAGCUGUAUAGGUGGCGUGAAUUUAUCAAAAAGCGCAAACUAAAAGAGAGAAAGGAAUUUUUGGAAAAGAAUAAGAUGAACAUUGCAGAAGAUGAUCCUAAAAAACCAUUUUUUGAUGCAAUGGCAGUGAACCUCCCUUCUCAUGUUUCCAUCUACAAGGACUCUUUUCUGAAUAGCCCGAGCGUAGCUGAUAGUAUUGAAGAAGAUAUCAAUGACCAGAGCAACAAUAUUUUAGCAAAUGAUUACGGUGACGAGAAUCCACCGUCGAAGAAAAGAAAAUUAAAGUCUAAAAACUAUUCUUUUGAAAACGAUGAUGAUAUCAGAUUCAGCUCUUUCAAAGAUCAAGAGUUUGAGCGUAGUCGAGAGGAUGUUCUCUCUGGUGCAGACGAAGACGAUGAUUUUGAUGGCGCAAAGGAGUUAAAGAGACUAAAAAAGAAAACCAGCGUUUACUUGCACAGAAAGUUGCGUGCCUCUAAAAUUCCUCCACCAAGAGCUGCUGUUGUGGAUGAUGAUCAAAGUGAGCUUGAAUCCCUUAGUUUGUUGUCGAGCAAGUCAAGUUCAAUCACAGCAUCAUUCAAAAAGGCCACAGAAAAGAAAGUUAAGAUCAGUGCUAAUACUGGUAACAUAAUUAGAGAAGUUAAUGUGACAACUUCAUCAAAAGCCGUUACCAACUCAAGAGCUGCCGUUACAAAACUGGCUUCAGCUGAAUCACUUAAUUCUGAACGUUCAAUCAAACGGAUUGUAAAGGGUUCUGGAGUGGACAGAUUGGAUAAAAUGCUUGCUAGAAGCAGGAAACUGGGGAUUAAAAAGUUGACUAAAGGCCAUUAA